GCAGCUUGCCUUCAUAACUUGUUCACAAAGUUUGUGCUAAACUACUCUCAACAAUCAGUCACAGAGAACACCUAGGAGUGAACAGAAGAGAGCGAAAUGGAGGCACAAAAGAACAUUCCGCACGAAAUCGGAGGAAUCCAAAACGACGCGCUUCGAUUCGGUCUCCAUGGCGUCAAAAGUGAUGUCGUUGGAUCUCACCCUCUCGAAAUCUCCUAUCAAUCUGCAAGGAAGACGCAAGAGGACAUGAAGAGAAAAAUGCUUGCUAAUACAUAUGGGACGGCUUUCCCAUUGAAGAUGGAUCUUGAUAGGCAAAUUCUUUCUCGAUUUCAGAGGCCUCCAGGGGCGGUCCCAUCUUCAAUGCUAGGUUUGGAGGCUUUGACAGGAAGCUUGGAUGAUUUUGGCUUUGAGGACUAUUUGAAUGACCCUCGUGAAUCAGAAACUUUCCGGCCACUGGACAUGCAUCACGGGAUGGAAGUGCGCUUCGGACUUUCCAAGGGACCGGUUGCCCCAAGCUUCGUAUGAUUUAAGCAGCUGCCAUUCGUUCUUGAAGAAUCUCAGAAUGUGCCUGUACUUGGAGUCGUUACUUCAAUCUCAAAAAACCAAAAGGAUUUGAUACUUGAAUAUGUCUGUCAUUAGAGGCCUGUUUUUAUGUCAUGUACUACUGCAUCUGAUCCUUCUAUUCUACCUACCAGUACUCUUGCUAUUUGGAAUUUAUUCCAUCUUUGCCUUUCCA